UUUGUGCACAGGGUGUAAAGCAAUAUCCAUGUACACACUGUACAUGGUACCCCUAGACAUGCCAGACCUGUGGGGUUCAUUGUCUGUCAUGCUCCCACAAACAGCUUGGUGGCACAGUGGACAACUGGGUACAUGUAUGGAACUCUUUCCAUGCCUCCUAAUCUGAAGAGGACCAAAGAGCAGCACUCUCAGUUUCAAAUGAGCUCUACAUUGUGGGUAACACGUCUACACUCAUAUACAUGUAUUAACAGUUACAGUUUGUCUGACAUGUACAUGUAGCCUACAAUGUUUUUUUCCAAGGAACUGGUUUAUUAAAAUGGAGAAAUUCUACUUAAAGGUAGCAUGUCUAUACUAAUGGCUACUAACAUUUUCAUUUAAUGUUCACACAUACCGGUAAAACAUAUCUGUAAAUACAUGUAUGUAUACCGUACAUGUACAUUCUAAUUUUUGCACAAAGCCUUUUCUGCAGUGCAUAAAAGUACAGAAAGCUGUCAUAAGUACUCGUACAUAACGUAUGAAAACUUAAAUACCUUGUGUUGGGUGACUCAAGAUGGUCUCAAGUUGGCAUCAGGAAAAUUGAAAAUUUACCACUGUGACUUUCAACCCCUAGACAGGGCAAGGAAAUCUAAUACUGUCAGAGCAUUUAAAUCCUGCCUCAAUUCUGACUUGUUGCCACAAGCCGGUGGGGACUUGUGCAUAUACUGUAAGAACUGCAGAUUCUUAAGUUUAACCAAUUAGCAACAUCCUUGUUCACUUCCUCCCCCCCCUCACUGUUACUCCAAGGCCAGUGUAUACAUGUACUUUUCCACUCAUCGCAGCCUGUCUAAUUCCCAAUAUGGCAGCUUCCUGCGCAGUCUUUGUUCGUCAAUAUCCUGAGUGUCGCUGCAUAAUUAAGCAUGCCGACUCACUCCUGGCUUCCUUUCCUCGCUUCUGGCCAGCUUCAUCCCUGCUAACUGCUGCACUGCCGGUGUGUGUGUACAUGUACGUCUGUCCCUCACUCUCGUCAGGCAUUGCAGGGCACAGGCAGCCUGAUGACUAGACCCGAGUGUGGUGCAGCAGUGCCCAGCGGGAUGUGUACCAGGCACUUAAAAAUAGUCCUUGAAAGUUGGCUUGGGUGAUGGACUUACAUGUACAUGCAACUCCCUCCUCCAACCUACCAGCAGUGCCCGCGUGUAUUCACUAUGAACAAUGCCAGAUCAAUCACCAGUAUCGUGCACCCUCAAACCUGCUCCCUGGAUUUAACCGGCUGUGGCGUGAGGUGCCGACAUGACUUCGCUGUACAAGUUCAGGAUUAAAAAAUCGCCCAAAAACCAGAGCAAAUCGGUGAGAGAAGGCAGUAACAAGAGAGAUCAAGGGGACGAUAAAGACGAGGACCCCAACAAUCCGUUUUCCUUCAAGGAAUUUGUCAAGAAGGACAAGCGGAAGGCCGUCUAUUACAACUCCAAGGAAGGAGACAUUGACGGCUUCAGCCCAAGCGACAGUGAACCGCAUGAAGACACUGGUACUACUCUCAAGGAACCAUCCAAGAACCUGCAUGAUAUUUUCAAUGAGGGCAAAGGAGACGAUGACGGGGAUGAUGACGGGGAUGAUGAUGAUGAUGAUGAUGAUGAUGAAAUUCAGUUCCUGGAUAUGGGGAACCAGGCUAGUCAGGGCUCGCAAGGGAGCAGUGCUGCAGACGGAAAGACAUCCCAGAGACGAGCAACGAGUAGCGGCGUUCCUAACCGCUCCAGAGGUAAGCCUCAUCGUUCUGCUCAGAGUGCCAUCAACCCAGCACCUCCAAUUCCUCCCCACGGCCAUAGUGUGAAUGCCGACUUCCACGCUCACUCACAGUCAGGGUCGUCCACAGAUCCAGUGAAAGCCCCUCAGAUCAUAGCAACUGACGUUGACAAGGCAGCCCGGGGAGCUGAGUUUGUGGACUUUAUAUAUGAUUAUGCCACAAAGGAUGACGACCAGGAUAUGCCUGAGAGGACAACGCGCAGCAACACAGGGACCAACAUGAGUAACGGGCCGUCCAAGUCGGGUGACCGCAAGCAUGGCAGGGAGCGGGCCAGGGCCCACACCCAUGGCCACAGUCCCAGGAAGCACAAGGCGGCCGCCGCCACCAACAAAGCCGGCAAUACCAAGAGCCAGCUGGUGGUGGAUUACAUGGAUGCCACUGUCCAUUCUCAAGACCUCCAGUCCCCAUCCUCGCUGUCCGCUUCCCUGACAUCAGUACCUACCCUCUCAGUGAGCAACGGCACUGAGGUGGACGAAUCCUCACUGGGACCCAAGCCAGGCCGGGAGCGAGCCCGGGCACAGUCACAUGGCCACCGGAAGAAACUUCCCAAGAGGGCCCCUGAGCCGCCGACCAAGAGAGAAACCACGCAAUCGGUCCCGGAGAUUGUCCACGCGGUGGCCGCCGAAAAUGGCCAUGAGGGCAUCUACCAGAGUCCGAGGCCCCAGGCAAACGGCAUGGCCCCGGAUAAGUCCUCAGAGAUUCUAGCCAAGGAAAACGGGGAAAGCAAGACGGACUAUGAGGUCCCACUCGGUCAGUCUAUGCCGGAUAAUGUUGAGGAUUUAAUGGCUGAGGUUACCAGGCUAAGAAGCAACAACAGACAACUGAAACAAGAACUAGUUGAUGCCAAGAGGGCCGUAGAAAAAGACGCCAAAAAAAUUGAGGGGAUGGAGGCCGAAAUGCGGAGGUUGAGAGACCGGGAGGUUGAGGAUGCUAAGACCCUGGAGACAAUGGUCCACCAUGUUGAGGCAAACCUUAAGAGAACUACGGAGAGAGCUGUCACAGCGGAAAACACUAUCACCAAAUUGAAGACUGAAAUAAAAAGCCUAAAGUCUGAGAUUGCUGCCCUCACUACCAAGAACAAGAAGCUGGAAGAGGGGACAGAAUUAGAGGAACUGAAGGAAAAGUCCCAUGCUGCUUCCAUCAAGCUUGCCACUGCAGCAAAAGAAGCCGAUGCAUCUAUUAAACAAAUGGCAAAUGGAGUUGAAGCACUGAAGCUCCUUGCUGAGACACUUGCCUGCAUCGACCGUAUCUCAGAAGUGCCAAAAUCAUUUGGCACUGCUUUAUGAGGCCCACCGUAUCCGUUCAAAGCAUUAGAGACUGUAUAAAGACAACGCAAUAGCACAAAGUAGGUAAAUAUUAAUAUAUAUGUAAUGCUAACGGUAAUUACUAUAUUGUAUUGUAAGUAAAAGCCAGUUACCUUAAAGAUGUAUUUUUUCCAAAUAUUUUGUAAUUUGGUUUUAAAAUACAGUGACAUUUUUAUUAUCAUUUGUUUUAGUUAAUUUGUCUGACCUUCCACAACAAAAGUUUUUUGUGGAAGCAAAAUUUUAAUGUUUGUGUUUUUGUGGGAAGCACUUUUUUGUAAAGAACUGAAGUUCUCUGAAUCAGGAAUUCCACUUCAAACCUUUGGAACCUCACUUAAAUUCAUUCUUAGCAGGUGUUGAUUUUUGCAAAAUCACGAAUUUGAUUUCUAGAUGUGAAAUGGGCUGUACAGAAAAACUACAUAGUUGAGUCAAAGAUUUUAUGUGCCAUGUCUGACAAUUUCUUGUUGAAAAUUGUUGUGGCAAAUUUCUUGAAAACGUUUGAUACACGUAACUGAUGUGGUUCAGCUAUCAUGAGGAAAAGUAUUAGAAACCCUCAUUAAAUUGAGUUUAAAAACACACUUACAUGUAUGAGAUACGUAUACGUCCUUCACAAGUACAGUUCUUCAUGUGUUUUCACAACUCUCCGCUAGCACAUCAAAAGUAUCCCCGUGUCAUUUAUACCCUGGAAGAGCCGAGCUUUAUCAAACCAUCCCAGUGCCCGGGGGGUUGGUUGUCCCUGAUAUUCUGUGCCCGAUCUAUUGAAAAUAUGGUAUGUAAGAACAUUCGUUAUAAACACAACUCUGACAUAAUUCAUGGCCUCACACGUCAGCCCACAUGCGUUGAGUUCGUUGUCAGUGGGAAAAGUUGACAUUUUGAACCGACCUGUCUCGGAUAAGUGAGAGUUGGGUUUAAGAAUAGCUUGUUGGAUUCUUAUAAUAACAUUUGUGUCAAAAUCAUUGCAAGACAUUCCUUGGAAAAAUGAGGACACAGUAUGAAAAAGGAAACCAUUUCAACGAUGUUGCGGGAAAUCUCAGAGAGACAGAUUCCACCCCACCUGGCUCUUUCAGGGAUAACGCAACAAAGUGUUCAUUGUGGAGUGCAAGAAAGACAUUGUUUUGCUAUUGUUUACCCUCUACUGUUAGUGAGAGAAGUUUUGAUUACUUGCGAAAAAGUAUUGUUGAAUUACUGGUGAAGUACAUGUACUUGGGUACAGUGCCUGUCACAGUUACCGUCGUAUCUUCAAACUAUUAUUUCUAAAGAUAACAAAGGUGCUUAUUUUACCAAAUGACUGAAAUCAUUGUCAGUGGAUGCCUUCCAUAGCAAGCUGAUUUUGUAGUGAAAGGUCUGAGGCCAGAGAAUACCCCCAGGGUAAUACAUUAAUUCUAUACUAAAUUCAUUUAUUUGAUAUUAUUUUACACGGCGAAUAUUUCAGUGUUCAAUUGCAUACCCGUACUGCAUCUACUGGUAAUAAUUGGUUUUGACGCCGCAUGGUGUAAUGCCAAAUUCUUCCAGGUAUUUCUUAGAAACUCUUGGCAAUCAGAGGUUUAUUUUAGUUUUAUGUUUUAAAGAGAAAGGUCGACAACUUGUUCCGUUUGGACGCAUUCUGGUGUUAAUCAUACCUUGUACGUGGAAUUACGAUGGACAUUGCACUGUUUUUCCCCUCCUGUACCUACUAGCAAACUGGAAAGAAACUUAAAUUUACUUGCACUUUUGGCGUUCUUAGUUGCACUCUUUAAAGCGAUUGAUUUCCUUUUGAGUGUGACUUUAAUACCUGUAAUUACAACAUAACCAGUGGAAAAAUCGGAAAGGUCAUUUGAUGAAAUCCAUAAAUGUUUAGCAUGGCAAGUCCUUUGGUUAGACUCAAGGUGUAGGAAAAAAUCCUCAUAUAGGGGGCCUACAAAAACUGCACAUGAGCAAACACCAUUACGUAGUUCACUUCAUACCCAUGAUAACCCCUCUCGUUGAAUAAUACCACUUCCCUCUCUUUCCUGCUUGUCAGCCAUUUGGGCAGUGGAGCAGGUGCACCCGAUGCUCGGGCUUUUGAAGGGAAAUGCCAUAAUCGAAGCGUGGUGGUAAUAUAUUACCAUUGUCGUAAUGUGAGAUAAGUGCAAAGCUCAGAACCGAUCGGCUACAGGCGGCAACGCAUUGAAAUUACACUUUUUAUGAAAGUUGUCAACGUUAAGGCUACAAUUCGGGCAAUAAAUUAGAUAACCUUUGAAAAUUGACCUUUUCCGACGGGAAAGAGGCUGAAAGAAAAAAGGAAAAAUUACCCUGAUUCAAACCACGGACAUCCUUAAUACUUACAUGUAUCACUUCACUGCGCAAAGCUAGCUCAACUGAACUCCCUUUUUCUACUUGAAGCUGAUUAUGUGCCUAUUGAAACGCAUUAUGGGCAGGUUUUGAUUAUGGCAUUUUGCCUUAAAAACCUCCUUCAUGAACAGCGAUGAGUAUCGGAUUGGAUGGUUGAUGCCCUGAUUCUGUUCCCGCCUUCCGCCACUAAUCCUCGCUCGGUUCCCUCAGGAUGUGCCUGCUUGUCCCCUAUCCGUUUUUGUUCCACACGCAUACAGAGAGUUCUGUCGUUACUUUUUCCCAAUCAAGGUACUCGGUGAUCAGGAUACCUUGAUUAAACGCAUGAAACGAGCCCUUUCGUCUUUUGAGAAAGCAUGUUCAGAAAAGAAAGUGAAUAUUCCUUUUGUCGCAAAAGGUCCAGAGAAUUGUGAAAGGGAUACUAUUCGGUCGGCGACCUUUUCCUUUUUGCACAAGUAAAUGUCUGACAGGUUAAGUUGAUGUUCACCAGUUAGUCCUUGUGGGCUUUGUGGAUUGAGUCUAGAAGACGGAGUCUAUGUGGUUGUGUAUGACAUUGUUUUCUGACGUCAUCAAAACAGCAGCUAACUUAAUCUAACCACGCAUCAAAUACUUCAGAAAAACAAACGCUUCUGCUCUUAAGCACAUACAAUCGUAUAGAACUCCGGUCUCUUUCCGAGGCUUCUCAUUAUACCCAGGCACUUGGUUAGUUACACAGUGACUCAUCAGUAUUUGAAUUUGAUAUCGCAGUAACAUUAUGAAUCGGGAGGAGAGGGCUUGCUAACUGGUCAAAUUCAAAACAAUACAACGUAUGCCUGCGCUGUGGAGACGGCCAAGGCGCGGUUUUUGGUGAACGGCUUUGCUACAAGUUCUCGCUUCAUGACUACCUUGAUGUCAGCCGAGACUGCGCCCUUAUGUCAUGGCUACGUCUCGCAGUAUACGUAAGACGCGUGUCUGCGACUCGUAGCUGCAUCCGUUUUGUAUAGACACCAACAUAUAAAAGCACCGCUUGCCGCAGCAAUACAUGUAUACGGAAUUUAUACCGACUCAUUCAUCCCAAGUGCAGAGGUUAUUCCUUUGGGGAAGGGUCGUACCCCAUGGCAUCUUGUCGCCGUUUGCUGUCUUCUGUUCGUCGCUGUGACAAAUGCCAUUCGUUGGCGUUUCCCGAUGUGCGACCGAAGUGGGGUUGGGCUACAGUCGAACUUCACCGAACACACUUAGACAGCUCGAUUAACGAAGCCACUAACUAAAAUAUCUGAUUUGAACCUAGAACUAGGACAUGGAUCCCUGCGUAGCUGUUGGGGAGGUCUUGGAGGAAGUACUAAUUUGAGACCUGGUACAUUAUCGGGAGCAAAAUUUGCUCAAUUAAAAUAACUUUAUCGUGUACCUUAUUGUCGGACUUUUCAAACAAAGGCGGCUUUGCAUUACCAAUCCUUUUGGCAGGGAUCAGGUUUGUCAGGUUUUUUUCCUGAUUGUAGGAUUUUUUUCCUAUCAGGAUUUUGUUGACUUCUGGAUUUUUCAAACACUCUCUGUUAAAAUCUGAAAAAAAAACCAAGUUUACCAUUGUAGUGCUUUUGUGUAUACUACGGUUGAUAUAGAACAGAAGAAAAAGGUAUUUUAAGGGGUGUCUUGAGGCAAACACAAAUUUAUACAGCAAAGACCUUACGCUGCUGGGGGCCCAUUCAACCUCUGGUAAUUAAUUUGUGGAUUUUUCAAUUUCCCCGGAUAUCACCCUUGUGUCGUAAGAAUAAUCUGCAAAGUGUUUAUCUUUUUGUUUUGUAAAGUGCAAUUUGUACAUAGACUGUUUUCAAAUAGAAGUUACCUUUAAUUCCAUUGUUUAUUAAUCGCUAACUACGAUGACGAUUGCAACGAAGAUAGUAUUUCUAGUAAAUAUUUUUAAGCUGGAGGUUUUUUCGACUUGAAUGUACGUAUACCGGCCACUCAAAAUUUUAGCUUUAUUGAGACCUGUAUAUAAAUAAAAUAUUAUUGCUUGAGGAAAAUA